UUUUAGCCUCUGACCUAUUGCUAGAGAAUCUUUUUUGACUUCGCGUUCUACAGAGUCAAAGUUCACACAGUAAGCGCAGACCUUCUACUAGAGUUGUAACACAGCUGCUUAGAAGACCUAAGCGUCAACAACGGCGGUUACCCUCGGUCCAUCACAUAAUAAGCGAGAUGGCUAUGUCGGCAGACAUGGGGACAUUGUCGAGUGACGGAAUGUAUUCCAAACUCAUUAACAACGACACCGAUACACUCUGUGAAGAGGUGGACUAUAAACUUUCAACAAACACUCAACACACAGUGUCCAUGCCUUCAGCGGGAGCGGCGCCCACCUCUCGCCCUUUCAAGCUGGCCACAGCGUGUCUCGGGUUGCUCUGCGUGGUCUUCUUGAUCGCCAUCGCCGCAGUGUGCGCUCAUUAUAAAGGUCUGUUGUUUGGCGUCAAUGAGGAUCACAGUGCGCUCUCACAGAACUACUCCUCCGCGCAAGGCCAGCUGGAGCGACUGACCUUUAACGUCUCUGCUCUGGCUGCCGCUAUGAGCGAACUCCAGAGGGAGAAGGGUGACGUGGAAAAAGAGAGAGAGAAACUGCAGGCAAGGGUAAACGAGCUAGAGGCACAGGCGAAACCCAAGACAUGCAAACCGGACUGGAUCUCAUUCAACACCAGCUGCUACUACAUCUCCACAAACAGCAUGUCCUGGAAGGACAGUCAGGACUUCUGCGUGGAGAAGGGGGGCCACCUGGCCAUCAUACUCACACCUGAAGAACAGAGCUUUCUGUGGAAGCAGCUGGUCAGGGGUCACUGGAAUGCAUACUGGAUUGGGAUCAGUGAUGAGACGGCAGAAGGGGACUGGUAUUGGGUCGAUGGAACCAAGCUUGUUGGAGGUUUUUGGAUGGAAGGAGAACCCAACAAUCACAUCGACGAGGACUGCGGCUACAUGGUAAAGACUCGCAAUCCGAGCAUACCUGCUCUGGGAAGCUGGUACGAUGCUCCCUGCAGCAUGUACUGGCCCUUCAUCUGUGAGGCUGCCAACAACUAGAGCGCACGCCGUCGACCUCGCAGACCACAAGACAAAAGGACUACAGUGGGUUUUGUAGCCGUAAUGGAGCCUGGACCAUAGCAGUUACAGCACCAGUCAAAAGUUUAGACACACUUUUCUGUACUAUUUUUCCACAUUUUUGAAUAACA